AUGGGGGAAACAUGGACAUACUGUGCUGUCUAUUCCAUCAUCCAGAUACAUUUUGUCAGGGGUAAGGCUUCUGAAACAUUCAAUGCAGAAGAAGACAUUUAUGCAUUACCUGGUUCUGAUGUCAACCUGACCUGCCAAACACAGAAGAAAGGCUUCUUGGUGUAGAUGCAGUGGUCCAAGGUCACUGACAAGUUGGACCUGAUUGCCCUUUAUCAUCCCCAACAUGGCUUUUACUGUGCCAAUGGGAGCCCCUGUGAGUCGCUGGUGGCUUUCAGAGAAGCUCCCAGGAAUGUGUCAAAGUGGACUCUGCACUUAAGGAACAUGUCCUCCUUGCUCACUGGGAAGUAUGAGUGUAGCUUCACUCUGUACCCAGAGGGCAUUCAGACGAAAAUCUACAACCUACAGAUUCAGACAAAUGUUACACAGGAUGAAUGGAGAAGCAACCAUACAAUAGAAAUAGAGAUAAAUCAGACUCUGGAAAUACCGUGCUUUCAAAAUAUCUCCUUAGAAAUUUCAUCUGAGCUCACCGUCGCGUGGUUGGUGGAGGAUAAUGGAACUCAGGAAACACUUCUCACCCAAUAUCACCCCAUCAGCAAUUCCACAUUAUUUAAAGACAGAGUCAAGCCAGAUACGGACUACAGCCUCUACCUCUCUCCAGUCCAAAUCCAGGAUGAUGGCUGGAAGUUCUCUUGCCAGGUUGUAGUCAGGUCUGGAAAAAUCUUCAGGCACUCCAGCACGGUCAGGGUUUUUGCUAAGCCAGAAAUCCCCACGAUUGUGGAAAAUAAUUCCAUGGGUGUCUUUGGAGAAAGAAUUUUUACCUGCUCACUGAGGAAUGUAUUUCCCACAGCAAAUCUUACAUGGUUUAUAGAGAGAAGCUUCCCUCAAGGUGAAAGAGAAGGUAAGGAAAUCAGUCAAUGGAAAAAUACACAUACUAAUGAAAAGAGAAAAGACAAAGGAGGAUUUGGGGAACUGAAGUCUGUUUUGACAAGUGUGUAGGAUAAUAAACCAGCCCAAUCAAACAACCUGACCAUCUGGUGUACGGCUCUGUCUCCAGUCCCUGGAAACAAAGUGUGGAAUAGCUCAUCCGAAAAGAUGACGUUUUCCUUGGGCUCAGCGAACCCUCCAACAGAUUCUCUGCUUGAUGCUACAGAAUCUACCCAUGGCACCCAGCCUUCUCCAGCCAACAGCAUAUCUCCUACAAGUUAUCCAGCUCCAUCUUCAACAGCCCUUGUAGAUGUGACUACAUCGACUCCAAACGUCACCCCUCCAAGUGCUCAAACCAGCAACUACGACCUGACUACCCGAGGCUUCAACUACUCCUGGACCUCCAAUGGGAAAGACGCCAAAUACUCAGCUUCAUGGAUGCCCAGUGAAACGUACAGUUCAUCCCCCUCAAGGGCAGGUUCAACACUUCAUGGUGACACCUUCACCAGCACAGCCAGAGCAUUUUCAGAAGUUCCCACAACUGCCAAUGGAUCUACUAAAAAUAAUCAUAUCCAUAUCACUGGCGAUAUUGUGGUUAAUCAGCCCAAAGAUGGAAUGUCCUGGCCAGUGAUUGUGGCAGCUUUGCUCUUUUCCUGCCUUGUAUUGUUUGGUCUUGGAGUGAGAAAACUGUGUCAAUACCAAAAAGAAAUCAUGGAAAGACCUCCGCCUUUCAAGCUGCCACCUCCCACCAAGUACACCUACAUUCAAGAGUCCAUUGGAGGUGAUCUGCCUUGUCAUGAGCUGGAGACACUCUAG